AUGGAAACAUUCCCUGACCUCCCUGUGUUUGCUGUCCUCAACAAUUUGAAUAAGUGAGUCAUUAACCUUCUUAAAAAGUGUUCAUGUGUUGAAAAUUUUUCUCCAAUGAAAUUGCCCGAUUCCCAUCCUGUCAGGCUUUGAUUAUCUGAACACUUGUCCCUAUGUUCAUAUUCUUGUAUUGAGGUGUGUGUCCGAUGAUUAACACAUUUGUGAAUUUAAUUAAUAAAAAUGUGCCUUUUAAAUUGUUAAAAAGCAAAUUAUGAAGAAUACACUAUGUUUGAAUCAGUGGUUUACAAAGUCAGGAUACUGUAUUUACAUACAAUGAAAUAGUUUUGGACAUCCUACAAUCUUCAAGAGAAAAUGAUGUAAUCGUGGUGGAAGUUACAAAUCCUGCAACAAAACCCCAUCUCACAGCUGUUGAUGGACUCAAGGGAAAUUCAAUAAAAGCUGUUGCCAAUUAUGUAGCAGCAUUGCCGUAAUUUUAUUGAUUCAAAUUUCAGGCUGUCAUUGGGACUCAUAUCUGUCCAUAUUUCUGUAGGAGUUUACUCCAGUAGCUUUCUGACAUAGAGGGUGUAAUUCCAAUAAAACAGACGUUCUUACCCAAGACUAUUCCUCUCUUGGAUAAGCCAACAUCAGAGGUUCAUGAAUUCUAUCUUCCCAAAGUGCCUAAGUUUUGAGUUGAAAUUUGUUCACUAUGGUUUGAACUCCUGCCCACGAGCAUCUUUUUCUUCUAUAUAUUAAGGGCCCACGAUCAAUUUAUUGAUCAUUUUGGCUCCUAUGCAUGUAGAGGGGAUUUGCAAUGUUUCUGUGCCUGGUGCUGAUGAGGACAUUUCAAUGAUUACAAGUGCUACUUUGUGAAGGAAUCAUGCAAUGGGGGUUGGAAGGCUUGAGGCAAUAGACGCAAAUGUGUCUAGUGUUGUCGCCUCAACUGUUUCUUUUGAAAGCUUGUUCCAGUCCCUGAUUGUGUUGGGCAGGAAUGAGCAAUUUCUAUACUGGCUUCUUGCUGGUAUGAGCCGGAAUUGCCUGUCAUGGCCUCGUCGCUGUCUCUGGGGGAGAGGGACGAGUUUCUGUUAAAUACUGGGACAGUGGACCAGCCCAUUAUUUAUUUUGUACAUCGUGGAGAGCCUGGAUUGUCGUCGUCGUUCCUCCAAUGGUGACCAGCCUAGUUUUUCCAUCAUACUGCCAACACUAGAGGUAUUCCUGUAUCGGUUCAGGACAAAGCGAGCCGCCCGUCGCUGGACCGCCUCCAACCUGUCAAUGCUCUUCUGGGUAAAUGGGUCCCAGACUGAAGAUGCAUAAUCUAAAAUCGGGCGGACAAAGGCUUUAUAUGCUCUUUCUUUUACAUAGGAGUUGCCAAUCUUCAGGUUACGCUUUAAGAACCCAAGGGUCUUGUUUGCUUGGUUACAUACAUUGUUAAUAUGCUCGUCCCAGCGGACCUCUCUUUGAAUGGUAACACCCAGGUACUUUACUGAGGAAACUGUCUCAAGUAUAUGGCCAUUCAGUUCGUAUGGGUAGUGUAGAGGAGUACAACUUUUAGAGACUGAUAGUGUCUGGCACUUGGCAUGGUGAAAUUCCAUGUCCCAGGUCCUCUCCCACUCAUUUAACCGAUUGAGAUCCUGUUGUAGCUGGUCCUGGUCAGAUCUGUUGGCGAUCAUCCUAUACACCGCUGUGUCAUCUGCGAACAGUCUUGCUUGGGAUGUCAGUUUCUCGGGUAGGUCAUUUAUGUAUGCUAGGAACAAACAGGGGCCUAACACUGAUCCCUGGGGGACCCCUGACUUUACAUUCAUAAAGGAGGAGCUUGUACCGUCCACCACUACUGCUCGGCAUUGGUGGCUGAGGAAGCUAGAGAUCCUUGUUUUAGUGGUGCCUUGGAUCCUAUACAUCUGGAGUUUGUGUAGAAGCAAACUAUGAUUGACACGGUCAAAUGCCUUUGCGAAGUCCAUCACCAGCACGUCAGUUUGCUUGUGGUUCUCCAGAUUGGUCAUCAAGUCUUCUACAAAAUCAAGGAUCUGGGUCUCACAUGAUCUAUUGACUCUGAAGCCAUUUUGACAGUUAUUGAGUAUAUUUUUGAUUUCAAGAUGCUUCAUGACUGUGCUUUCGAUUAUGUGCUCCAACAGUUUGCAGACCUGGCGACAUCCUGGUGUCCAAACUUGUAACUAAACAGUCAAUAAGAAAAUAACUCAUGCUUAAAUGAAAUGUCCACAAAAUAAGACUAUGGGAAUAUUUAAAAAAAUAAAUUAUUAAAACAAUUUUUAGGAAGUCGAAUUCAGAAGAUGAUGAGGAAGACAGCUAUCAAGAGCCUGAUGUGGAAACCAAGCUCGAAGCUGCUAUCAAGGAAGUAUUUUUCUGUAAGUAGACAUUAGGCUUGACCUGUUGUUAACUGCUUCUAGUAAUAUAUUGUAUUGAAACGUGAUUAUUCCCGUUUGUUUUAGACAGAACAGCACAUGAUCAAUGGACCAACUUAAUUAAACAAAUUUCUAUUACAAUAAAAAUUCACCUUCACAAAGUCGUCAUUCCAGUUCAUUCAUCUUUUUAAAAAAUCAUUUUUUCCCUCACUAUCAAAUACUGCCACACAUACUUUGAUCAAAUAUUGUGAAAUAUGAUCAGUUUCUUUUUUUUUAAAUGAGCUACAAAUUAUUUGAAAGAUUCCUACUAGUGCAAAUGUUAAGCUUCUCCCCAGUGACAUAAAUUGUAUUCAUUCCCAAACUAUUUAUUAGAAGACACAUGUUCUCAUUCCAGGGGUUAAGAGCCCACUCCCGCCUCACACUCCUGACAGCAGUAUGGCCAACAGCACAGAACUGGAUGAGCCGAAAACAGAACUUGCCAAACAGCAGACACUGGUCAAUUAUCUUAAGGUGGGUUCAAGUGUCUUCAGCUGACAACUUUAGCUGAUGUUAUCUUUAUUCAUAAUCCAAGUGUUAUCUGCCUUACGAUUAUACCAAUGUAAUAUGUCAUAUUUUGUUAAUAAAGGAAAAAUGUCAGGGCCUUUUAAAACAGAAAUAAAUGCUUUCAACUAUGCAAUGUAAUAAUCUCAUAUUUUGUUAAUUUAAGAUAUUUUUAAACUAUAAAUACUAAAAAAAAGGCAUUUUUUUUAUCUUUAAAAAAAUGAUUUUUAACAACUAAGUCUUAGGUACACACUUGUAAAUGUACAAAAAAAAGUAAAUAAUGAUAGAGGUGUGGAAUCAUUAAUUCUGAAGACCCCCAAAAUUAAAAUAUAUCUUCUAACAUACCUCUGCACUCAUAAUAAAAGUGAUUUUAAUAAAUGUAUGUUAUUUAAGUGGGUCUAAACAGCAUUAAACGUUACAUCUUUGGCAUUUUAAUUAUUGUUCAUAAUAUAUUCAACAGUUGUCAAUAAAUGGCUACUUAUCUGUAUAUCAGACCUGUUUACUGUUACGAUUUUGGCAUACAAUCUACUAUUUUGAGAUGUAUACAUUAUACAUAACGUAUAUACUCGCAUAUAAGCCGAAUUUAGAACUAUAAAAUACAAUACUGAAAUCAGGGGGUCAGCUUAUAUGCGCAUAAAACAAAAUGGACACAAGGACAGACACUAAUGCCAAUUUUCCAGCCACACAUUUUCAUCGCUAUCUGACUCUUUAUUUGGUUGUGUGUACAGAGUACUAAUGUAUAUACAGAGGUGUCACUUCAAAGAAUUUAAUGUAUGCGUAGCUGAUAAUUAUACUGAGUAUGAAAGAGCAGAACACGUUUUUGUGUCAUUCCAAAAGGUAAACAAACUGGUAUGUAACAUAAAAGUAAGCAUUUAUUCAUCUUUACAGUAACAAACUGCUAUGAAACCAAAAAUAUGGAGUAAAAUUAGACAAUUGUAUGGGUGGCUUUUAUGCAGGUUUUUGCAAAAACUGGCCAUUUUAAAGCAGUUUUAGAGGGUCGGCUUAUAUGCGAUGUAGGCUAUAUGCGAGUAUAUACGGUAUUUAUGUUUAUUUUAUUUUUACUAUUAAGAUAAUGCAUUGAACCAUUUUGUGAUGAUAUUGUAUGAUAUUAAGAGUUUGAGUGAUAAAAGAUCUGGUAUAUCAAAAUGUGGUAUCUAGUUAGACUUAGAUACUUUGUCAAAUCUGAAAUAAUGUAAUGAUGACUGCCUUUGAAUAGCUGUGAUGGCUGCAUGCAUCAGGUUCCUUUAAGAUAUAUAUUAACUCAUCAUCUCUUGCUUAAAAUCAGCGCCUGCAGAUGUUUAGCUUGAUCACUGUUGUGCAUGUUCAGGAAUAAAUAGUUUUAAAGGUAAACAAAGAAAAUCUUUUUCAGAAUUCUCUCACCUUUGCCCUCCAAGUUCAACAAUGUAUUCCAGUGGUCUGCCAACUCUUGGGCUCCAAAAACACCACUGAUGUUUUAGAGGCCAUCCAUUUCUUUGUCACUGCUGUGGAGUUUGGUGUGAGUGCUGCUGUAGUGGGUGUUCGGAGAAUGAUGGUUCUAAUCUGGUCCCAAGAAGCGACUGUUCGAGAUGCCGUUGUUGAUGCUUAUAGAACUCUAUAUCUAGAGCCCAAAGAUAAAAACCAGAGGUCAGUUGUUCUUGAUCUUUCAUUGAAUUUUUUUUUGUCUUUAAAAGAACAUGAUUUAGUAUUAAAAAUUAAAAUGUGAAUAUAUUCUUAAAUACUUUUCAGGUUGACUUAAACAAAUUACAAAUGGUAACCUAAUAUUUUUUUAUAUUUUUUUUUGUACAGAUUCAUUGCAUCAUCCAUAGUGAAAAAUCUAUCAGGGCUAGUUGUUGGAUCAACUUGUGGAGAUUUGACAUCCCUUGAGGCUCUGGUCAGUGAAUUUUUAGCAAAAAAUAAUCAAAAUAUACUUAUUUAAAUUUUCUUUAACUUACCUAAAGCUGCAUAAUUAUAUUUUUCAAUUAAUUAUGGUAUUUGCAAAUCUUUGGUCAUUAAGAAGAAAAAAGGAAACUUCAAUAUUUUGAGAACUCUUGCUUCUUCUGUGUAUUUGAUAGACUGAUAUAUAAUAAAGAGAUUUUUUAAUGGAUAAAAUGGUUUGGGGUCUGUGACCUCUUGUUUAAGAAUGAUUAAUAAAUCAUUGUUUAUUAAAAAUGUCAUCAUUGCUUUUGGACUUCUAGGUGACACAGUUUGUGAAAAGUGGUCAUAUUGGGCCUCAGGUUAUUAAAGCAUUGUGGGAAAGGUUCAAUGACAAAUCAAAUGCUGUUUCAGAAGAAGACGCCAGAGCUGCAGUUCACCUGAUCGCAAUGUGUGCCCAGUAAGUAGUAAAAAAAAAUUACUUUGUUUACUAUCUUAUUUUUAAAAUCUUUUUUUAUUUCUUUCAAGUCUCUGAAACAUUUUCGCAUGUGCAUGUCUUGUGGUUUUUGUCUAUAAUACUGUUUGAAUGAUUUUAAAUUAUGAUUUUUUUGUUAAUGAUAAUUUCAAAAGAUGUUGCCCUAGCAGUAGUAAGAUAAAUUGAAUUGGUAGCAUUAUUAUAACUAAAAUAUGAAAUGAAUUGUAUAGUGGAUAAAAAAAAUAGUACUUAAUUCUCAAAUUAAUAAAUUUAAUUACUCUUUUAGAUUUGUUUCAUACUAUCCCCCCACCCCCCAUUAAACUCUAUUACAUUCUCUCCUUUCUUUGUCCUCUAACCUCUUAUCUUCCCCUUAUAACUCCUCCUGACCCUCUCCAACAUACCUCCUGAAACCUCCCCUUUGCUGUCCCGCAUAUCCAUUCCCCAUCACCCCCCUGAGCACCAACCUUCACACACUCACACACACCCCUCCCCCCAUUACCUGCAAAAUUAGACUUUAUGUUUGUGACAAUUUUUAAAAUCUUAUUUCUGAUCCUGUAACUUAAUCACUAAAAAUAAAUCCUGUUUUUGCACUUCUCUCUUAGAGCUGAGCCUGACAUUGUUAAAAGUAAUGUUGAAGUUUUGAUACAAGAGGGUCUAGGCACAAGAGCAGAAAAUGACUACCUUUUAGCCCUUGGUACUUGUACAGCCUUGCUCAAAAUUACCUCUCCUAAGGUUGGUACUCAAAAUUACCCCCCCCCCCCCCCCCCGGGUUUGUACUCAAAAUUAACUCGCCUAAGGUUGUUAUUCAAAAUUCCUCUCCUAAGGUUGGUACUCAAAAUUACCUCUUAAGUUUGGUUGCUCUGCUGGUAUAAUUUUUUUUAUAAACUUUGCUAGCCUCUUUGAUCUUCCCCUGGAUGUUUUUCAUUCUCUAGAAUUUAGUCUUUGUUACCUUAAAGGAAACAUUUUCUUCAUACAUGUUCUCAUUGUUAAAUGUGUUAUUAUUGCUUAAAAGACUGCAAAUAAUUUAAUUCAGUUAAAUUUUCAUGGAAACGUUUUUAUAUACAACUCUGCUCAAAACUGCAUCUGCACAGCCUUAUGGGGUGGUCUGGCUAUUUUUCUUUUAAACAUUGGGAAAUAAUUAGGAUUCUUAUAAGUAGAUGGUAACUACAGAAAACGUGCCUUUGAUUUGGAUAUAUAAAAAAAAUUGAUUCAAUUUAGGCUUUAUGAAAACAUAUAAUUGGUAAACUGUAAUAAUUCUUUGUUAAAUUUUGUAUGCAGGAGAAAGGGAAGCUACCUUCUGAACCUUUUCGCUUUGAGGCAGAUAACAGUCUCUUUGAAAGAUUGAAAGUAAUCCUCGUCAAAGGUGCGGUUUGUUCGAUGACUUCUUAUUGGAAGCCUUAUAAAGUAUCAUUGUGUGCUUUUAUUAUUUGUCAGAAAGAGAAUUGAACUCAACUUUAUAUUCAAAUGGAUAACAUUUGGCCGCAAACCCAUAUAAAGGGGGUAAGAUGACCCAGAAAAUUGUACUGAUAUAUAAAGGGGGUAAGAUGACCCAGCUAAUUGUACUGUUAUAUAAAGUGGGUAAGAUGACCCAGCUAAUUGUACUGAUAUAUAAUAAGGGUAUGAUGACCCAGCAAAUUGUACUGAUAUAUAAAGGGGGUAAGAUGACCGAGCUAAUUGUACUGAUAUAUAAAGGUGGUAAGAUGACCCAGCAACGAACUUAUACUGAUGUCUAAAGUAAUAAAUGAAAUCAUAACAUGAAAUGGAAUUACCUCUAGAUUUUUUUUUAUAAAUAUGUACAUGUGUCAAAGUAUUAUUUAUGCAUUCAAAAAAAAAGUUGAUUUGAACUUUUUUCUGCCAGUUAUUUUUCUACCCACUAUAUAGAUGAGACAAUACGGUGGAUUUUUUUCCCCAUCCCAAUUGGUUGGUGGCUGGGGAUUUUUUUCUCACUCUGAUUUCAUCCUCCAUAAGAAUAGUUGCUAACUAAUCCAUCACACUUUUGUAUUUGGCUUCAGCUGGGUGUUUGCCAUAGACUGUUGACACAGCCACAUCUUAACUAGGAGAAUGACGCGCUACCUCUAUUUCUGACUGACUAACUGAUGUAUCAGAUGGUGUGCAACAAAGUAAUUAUGAUUAUAUAUUUCUAGGUAUGACAGACGCAAACACCAGCUACUGGAUACCACUGGCUGAUCAAGCCGUAAGGGUCAUUUAUGAGCUUUCAGAAACACCUGAUGAGGUUUGUGUUAAACUGUUGAGGGAACUUACACAGGCUUUGAAUGAUGUGUGCUCAGAAGCAACACAAACUCAAGGAGAGGGAGGUGAUGGUAAGUCAUCUAGUGCAAUUACUUACUUUAAAAUCUUCCAUUGGCUAUUGUUUACGUCUUAUUAAUCUUAGUUAUUUAUUACCUAUCUUGGGCAGUCUACAAAAGUUUGGAACCACUGUUAAUUACUUGUUAGUUGUUUCAUGGUUUGUGGGUUAAAGACUCUUUCUCUUGAUACCAACAUCAGUAGCUAUCUUUAGUGGCAAUUUAGUCAUUAAAGAAACUUUCUAUAUAACCUUUCUGUGUCAAUGAUAUUUUAAAAUUAAAUAAUCUUUUUUUAUCUUAUUGUCUAUGUAACCUCCAUUCCUAUAUAUAUGAAUCAUAACAAUUUUGCAUUUAUACAAUUGUGCAACUUGCAAGUAACUUGCAACCUGUUUAUUUCAUUGUUUAAAAGUUCCUGAAGAACCAGCAAAGUCCAGCUUAGUGACUUGUAUGCUAACAAGGCUGUUGGCAGUUGCUGGCCAGGUGGCAUUCAAACAGACUGUUUAUAUGGAAGAUGAUGUGUUAACUGAGAUGAAAAGAAGGCUAACCUUGACGGAGGAUAAUAAAAAGGGGCGGAGGAAGAGCAGAGUGGGAGCAGGAAAUGGCUCAAAGGUAAGAUCAAAAUAUUGUCACAACUAAGUUUCUUGCAAAAGCAAAUUAUUUAUGGUACUUAGGAGAAUAAAUAAAGGAUACAUUCCUAAUUCAUCCAGUUAAUCAAGAUGGUCUAUUUUCAGUAUCAUUCACAAAGGACUUACUUUUGCAUACUAAAUUUAUAAGUAGUAUCAAUCACUGUAGUUAAGAACACAUAAUCUUACCAAAAAAAUAAUGGUGGAUGAAGCACCACAGUGGGAUUCAAUGAGUGGUCAAUCAUAUGCCAUAAGCAAAAAUGGAAUUGUAACUGCAUGAGAUGAACUUGAGGUGUUUAAGGUAGCAUGGCUCAAAUCUAACAUGAAGAUGAGUCAACGACCAAGAACUAAUGCUCUAAAAUAUGAAAAUCUCCAGCAAUGCAUGAGUUUUUAUUUACAUGAUAAAGUAUUUUUGUUCACGAUUCCAAAUGUUUUGUCAUUUGAUGUACUUUGUAAUAGCAUGCUCUUAAUUACAGGCAGCUGAAAUGGAAGAAGACAUGGCUUUAGCUGGAGCAUCAGCUGAAGAUACUGAGGCAGAAUUUAUCAGAAAACUCUGUGAGAUGGAAAUUUUAAGCAGUAAGUUUCAAUUUGUUAUUUAAUAACCUUUUUUUUUUUUUAAAACACUGCUGCUAUUGAUGUUGUUAAGGACUCUCGGUGUGAAAGAUGGGAAAACUAAACAUAACGUAAGCAUGCAUGUCAUUUGGAUUUUAUCUGAAUUAGGAGGUAAAUGAUGGUCUCUACAACUGCUGAUACUCAGUCACUCAUCUUAUCCUUGGUGCACACUUUGCAAACCUAUUGAGGUGUUCUAUUUGUGCAUUAGUAUUGGUCAUUACAUUACUUUGGGUUUUACUUUGCUUUAUUUUAGUACCUCAUAGCCCAGCAUAUGUGGCUUCAGCAUUCAUUUUAGCAUAUGUUAGUGUCCAUAGUGUACAUAAGGUGUUACUGAAAUUCUAACACCAGACUACCAGGGUCACUCGGCCUCCCUGCUAAUCCAUGAACUGAUUCUUAAUAAAAAAUUUAUAUUUUUUAAAUUUGGUCUCAUUUACUCGCAUUGAAAUAAAAUUGUAUUUCUCGCCUUAAAAGUGGAAUAAUAAUUAUUUAAAUUGACUACUUAUUGAAGUUUUAAACAAUUACCAAUUUCUCAUUUACACCCCCCCUCUAAAAUAAUGACCAGUUUUACUGUUUCAGCCGACAAUUUCCUUAGUGGCCUCUACCCACUUAUUAUUGGUGUGUGCAGCAACAGUGCCAAAUUUUCUGACCCGGACCUGCAAACAGCCGCCACUCUUGCUCUGGCCAGAUUCAUGAUUGUCAGGUGACUUUGCUGUUCCUUCAGUAGAUUAUAAAUGUAGAAUAUGCAUAUUUUAAAUAUCAUCUUUAUCAUUAAAAAAAGAGUUUGAUUAAAAAAUUUUAAUUGUGUUUUAUGAUCUACAGCUCCCAGUUCUGCGAGUCUCAGUUACAACUUUUGUUUACACUUUUGGAGAAGUCGCCAUCCCCUGUCAUUCGAUCAAAUUUAAUCAUUGCUCUUGGUGACCUGACAUUCAGGUUUCCCAACCUGGUAGAGCCAUGGACUUCACAUCUAUAUGCAAGGUAUAACUUAAAGUAUUUAUAAUUAAAGGCAUUUAAGCUUCCUAUAGCUUGAAUAGAUUUAAUUAUUCCCCCAGAGUUAUACAUUCAAUUUUUUUUUUAAUUCUGUUUUUACAAGCAUUCGUUAGCAAUAUUAUUUUGAUUUAUUUGAUUAUUAAAAUAAUUAAAAAAUGAAAUUUUCAUUGAAAGCUGAUGUGUCAACAACUAAUUAUAAAAUAUUUUGAAAUUAUAAUUAUAUUUAUCUGAAAAUUGUGUGGAAAAGCUGGGUUAAACUGUGUUAUUAGGUAUCUUGAAAUGUUUUGGAAUUACCAGCAGGUUAUUUAAAAUUCCACUCUACUUUGUAAGUACGAAGUUCUACAACAACUUUGAAAAUUCUGAUAAAAAAAUUAUGAUUCCAAUUUCCUUGAACCUAUUAUUUAAUAAUAAAUAGUAUGACUUGUGUUGCAGGCUUAGAGAUGAUUCAUCACAUGUCAGAAAGACAACUCUGCAAGUUCUGACUCAUCUCAUCUUGAAUGAUAUGGUCAAAGUCAAAGGUCAGAUCAGUGAACUUGCCACCUGCAUCGUAGACCCCGAUGACAGAAUAUCCGGACUCGCAAAACUGUUUUUCCACGAGUUGGCUAAAAAGGUAGCUUCAUGCUACAGUUAUUUUAUUAACAUGUCCAUUAACAGGUCAAGACGUUUGGUCAUUUCUAUUUGCUUUGACCUUUUUUUUCCCCUUCAAGUAAUUUAUUUUAUUUAAAUAAAAGGAUGCAAUUAUUUUUUUAAAAUUAAUAUUUACUAAUUUAUUUUUCUUUGUUGCUGUAUGCAUAUAAAAGUGUCAAAGUUUUGAUUUUUUUCUUGAAAUAUCCCAAGGCUCAGUUAUAACUCCUAUGAAGUUUUCAAAUUUUCUUGGAUUAUUCAUAUUCUGCUAUAUAUUCAUGUUUUAUAUUGGAAAUAUAUUUCUAUUUUAAUUGUGAUCUGCUACUUAUCAUUUCAUCAAAAAAAAUACAGGGCACAUCCAUGUACAACAUGCCUGAUAUUAUCUCCAGACUCUCUGACCCUGAUAUAGGCGUGGAAGAAAACAAUUUCCACAUAAUCAUAAAGUAAUUAUGCAUCAUCAUAUUUUUUAUUCUAAUUACGGUAAAGAUUUAUUUUCAACGCAUAAAAAAUGGAGUCAGAUUAAGUGUUAAGUUAAAUUUUAACCUAAGACAAUUUUAAAGUAUAUUUUCCAAUGCUAUCUUUAUACUGAGCUAAGAUUAAAGUGAAAUCCAAUUCUUAUACUGUAGAAUAUUUCGCCUUUUUCAGAAUAAAGAUUAAUCUUACAUUAUAAGUUCACUUAAGGGGAAAAGAUUAUACCACAAAAAUGACAAACCUGUACUUUAAAGUCGGAGAUUAUUUACUAGUUUCAACUUACCACUGAAAAUUCAGAUGAACCUCUCUAAAGAAAUAGUCUUUAAUGGGUUUCUAAUCUUUGGUUUUUCAGAUACAUUUUCUCUCACAUUGAAAAGAGCAAACACUGUGAGAGUUUAACAGAGAAACUUUGCCACAGAUUCAGAGCCACCAGGUUUGUUUCAGAUGCCCCAAAGUUGCACAUUUUGUAUCUAAACUGACUAAAUGUUUUUAAAAAAAUAUAACUUUCUCAAUUUUUUUGCAAAAAUGGCAGUAGCAAAUCCUAUUUGGAUCAAUUUUCUUUAAGUACCUAGGUAUUUUUGUUGGAAACAAAUAAAUUUAAAUUAUGAUUGUAAUUUUUUAAAUAUUUUAUGAAUGGAUGUUUAUCUAUAAUAUUAAUUAUGUAGUGACCUCUGGAAAAAGUUGUCCAAAGAGCACACACGUUUGCAUAAAAUUCCAAUUAAGUUUCAAAAUUCUUAUUCUGGUCUAAUUAUGGACCAAGAACUAUGUAACUUUUUAUGGGUUACUGUUAAUCUCAAUGAUUUUGUAUUUUUCUAUUUUCUGUUCAAAUCAGCGCGAGAGCCCUUGGUAUUAAAUAAUUUCAUCAGCACUAAAAAUUGGAGAUCUGGUAUUUUUAAAACAUUUUUCAAAAGAUAUAAAAUAGUUUUUUCACAUAACUCUAGGAAACAAAUUGACUUCCUCCCCUAGAAAUUUAAUCUUUAAAAAAAUUAAAAUGGGAAACUUGUUAGGACACUGACAAAAAUCAUCAAAUUCAAUAAUAAUAAAUUUUUUAACCCUCCAGGACUGAUCGUCAAGUACGAGAUCUGUCUUUCUGUUUAUCUCAGCUAACAUUCUCUGAAAAAGCCAUCAGUAAACUUUUGGAAAACUUCCAAUGCUAUGCAGACAAGCUUGUAGACAAUGAUGUAUAUGGACAUUUCUGUCAGAUCAUUAGUAAAUCCAGACAGUUCAUCCGCCCAGAGGCAAAGGUAUGUUUUCAUUAAAGUCAUACAUACAUUAGGGAUGUAAAUUAAAUUUACUAGAGACAACUAAAUUUGGUGUUUGCCGCAGUGAUUUUUUAAAGCAUUAUUUGGGGAGCAGUUUUAAUGGCAGGAUCACUAAUAUACUUCAGGCCAGUGGUUUGAAUACUGACUAACUGAACAAUUUUUUGCACCAGACAUAACCCUAGAAAUGUAACAUGUCUAGGUGUACGUGGUCAUCUUAAGAAAAUAAUUAUAUAUAUAAAAAUGUACUUGUUAUUAAAAAAGAAAGCAAAAUGACGGUCGGACAGUUUAAUGAAAUGGAGUUGUAGAAAAGACAAGAAAAUUAGGAAUACAGGUUUUUUUGUUUACAUAUUGACAGGCAGCACUAGAAGAGUUGGAGAAAAAGAUAGAACAAGCUCAUACUAAAGGUUUAGAAGAAGGAGAAAUUGAAAACAAAGCCAGCAAGAGUUCUGUGGUUGUAAAAGGCAAAACAAAGGUUGUAAAACCAAGAAACAAUUGUAAGUAUUGAGAAAUUUUAGACCUUAUCUUUCCUUAUGAUUGGAUUUCAUGCCAUGCACAAUUUUAUAUUUUUAAAAAUUGUUAAAGCUUUUUAUGAAAUCAUAUUGAUCUUAAAUAAUCUGUGGAUGAAUGGGGUUAGACUUUGUAUGAAAAAAUAUUGAAUCCUUUUAAAUAUUCUGUAGAUGAGUUGACCUAUACUUUUUAUGAAAUAGCAUUGAUCAUAAAUUUUCUGUAGAUGAAUGGGCCUAGACAUUUUAUGAAAUAUUGAUCUUAAAUAUUCUGUAGAUAAAUGGGUCUUAGACCUCCAAAAAGUAUUUUUUGCAUACAACAUAUUCUACUUUUAAUUGUGUAAUAUUAUUGUUUCAUUAAAAUUUUUAAAAAGGAUCUUAGAUUAUUUAAAAUAAAACUUGUGUUGCAUAAUGCGUUCAAAUGUUGACAUUAGGCAAUCUGUAUUUUAAAGUUAAUGUCAAUUUUGUCUUUGGCAAGAAUAACAUUUGUUAUCAAGGUUCAUUUCUUAUCUUAGGGGCCAUCCAUAAAGUAUGCAUGCAGGGGUGUGUGUGUCAAUUUUUUAGAUUUUUUUAUGUGAUCCUAAGGCCAGUGGGAGUCUCAAAAGAAAAUACAUACAUUUAUUCACAAAUUCUACGAUGAUUUUCUUGAAAUUCUGACAGUCCAUAAAUAACUAUUUAUAUCUCUAAUGCUGUAAAAUAUGCAAUAUUUUUUAAUUAUCCAAAUUUUUGCAUUGUGUUUUCACAAGUGAAUUUGCUAAAUAUCACUCAAGUAGUAGGUACUCUAUAGUAAUAGUAGUAUACAGUAAUAUUUAGUGCACCUUUGAAAUAUUUUGUUUGGCUACACCAGUGAUUCCUAAAAUGUUUCAAUUCCUGGUGCCCAUGCCAAAUUUAGGUUUUGCAUACAUACUGUAUGGCUGGACCCUUACGUGAUUAUUUUAUUUAAAUCAAUAUCUAUUUGAGAGGAAUAUAUUUUUUGAGUUCUUUCCAAAGUUUUCACAAGGCAUUUUACCUUCCAUGUUAAUAUGUGUAUAUUUUUUUAUACAGCACGUCAGAAGAAUAAAUCUAAUAAAGAGAACAUAAAUGAGAAUGAAGAUGAUGAAACAGACAUAGUCAGCCCAUUGAAACCAAAAAGAACAACAAGGGGCAAUAAAAGUGUCAGAAAGCCUCGGUACACCCUGGAUUCUGAUGAAGAGGAUGACGAAGCACUGUUUGAUAUAGGACGAGAAGGUGAGUAUGGUUAUUUAAUAUAUACCUAGUGAUAAGGCCAGUUGGAUAUAUUUUCUUCAAGUUUUGCUGCUGACACCCCAGCUAGGGCAAAAAAGACAAGCUGGAGUUCCGGAGAAUAUGGAAAAAAUACAAAAACAAAGCAGCCCAAAUUUUUUAAUUUACAACUUCUCCUUUAAGAAAAGCAGAUAAAGAAAUUCAGUUAUAUUUAUAGCGACCCAAACCUAAAUUCCUAUAUAUUUUUUUUAAUUCAUAGGGGAAUUAGAGAGAGAUCUUGAUGACGAUGACAGUCUUUUAACAAAGCCUUCACAGAAGAGGUCAAAGAAAGGCAAAGUGUCACUGACGCCAUUAUAUUCACCAGCUACGUAA